AGGAGGGGGUCCCACAGGAUCCCACGGCCGCAGCGGAUUCAAAAUCUCUCGCCACCCCCCUGAAGUCCCGAACGCCCGGAAAGAUUCCAAAAGCAUCGAUCCAUGCCAUCCCAGCCGCCUCCCCACCCAGUAAUCUCUAGUCUCCCCCGGCGAAAUCUAAUCUAGCUGCACGUCGCCAUUGAGAUCGAUCGUAAACCUUCCUUGUUUGCGCGCGCGCGUGUCGAGAUCUCAUCUCGUCUUCCGCCCCUUGUGGUCUUUAUUUCCUUUCUCGCCCGGCCGCCGCCGAGGAAGAAGCGGGGGCGGUGGGGGUAGGGUAGCCAACUGCGAGCAGCCAUGGUGCACAGGAAGCAGGCGCGGGGGAAGCGCAAGGGCGCCGCCGACGGUGUUCCCGAGACGGCGGAUCACGCGCGCCGUGGGGGCGGUGCGGCAAGGCCUGGCUACAUGAGGCCGACGAGCUGCUCCGGGGCCAGGGCGGCCAAUAAGGGGGCUGCUGCGGGCCCUCGGGAGGGGCCGCCACCCGCCGCGCCGACGGAGAGGGAGGCGAAGGCGGCGCCGCGCGUGAGCAGGGCGACUUGCUCCUCCGCCCUCAAGGGCACCGGCGUCAGCGGAGGUUGCGAGGGGCGGCGCCUCUGCCGGUACGCCUACUGCUCGUUCGAGGGCCACGCGCCAGCGGCGCCGCCGCUGGGGAGCUUCGUGGCGUCGCGGAGGCGGCUGAUCAAGACGGAGCAGCGCAUGAAGCACAAGGGCGUAUCCCCGUUCCGCAAGGCCAAGAACAGCAAUGGCGGUGGCGGAGGCGACGGGGACGGUUUCUUUGUGCAGAUAUUUCCCGGCGCUGCUGCCGCGACGAAUUUGGGUGUGGACAAGGAUGUGAUGGACGGGCGGAUGGGGUAUGUCACGUUUGAUCGCCGGAGUUACCGGGAGGGGGAGGAGGACAGCAAGGAGAACGAUCUGGAUGGUUCGGUGGACGGCUCUUGCGGAUCCAGCGAUGUGAUCUCUGAUGGUUUCGCCGAGUUGCUGGCGGCGACGACGACGACGACGACACGCAAAGUAGAGGGCGAGGCUUGGGUUGAUCAAGAAGAAGCAGAGGACUCUGGUCCCUGCAAGUCAGAUAUCUCGGUGGAGCUGGGUGCAAGAUAUGAGAGCAACAUUUCUAAAGGUCGUGGCGGUGAGGCUUCAAUAGAAUCAUCCAUGGAUGAUAUAUCCAGUGCAUUUGGUGGGUUGAAUUUCGAAGAUGUAGGUUCUGAUCCUUCUGAUGCGGCAACCAGCCAGAAAAACAAGGUGAUCAUCUCCUCCAGGAGAAGAACACCUGCAGAGGAGAAGCGAAUUCGGAUUUUCAAUCCUAAGGCUCCAAACUUCCUUCCGGUAAGAGCUGAUCCAGAUGCUGAAAAGGUUGAUCUCAGGCAUCAAACAGCCGACGACCGGAAGAGCGCGGAGGAGUGGAUGGUUGAUUAUGCACUUAGAAAGGCAGUGAAGAAAUUAGCUCGCGCUCGGAAGAGGAAGGUGGAGAUGCUUGUCCAGGCCUUUGAAACUGUUCUACCACUUCCUGGUGAGAAGAACUCCCUGCAGCACGACGACGACAAGAAAAGCUUCACACAGGCAAAGGCGUCGCAAGCCUGCAACUGAUAGAUUUUAGAGGUUUAUUUGCUUUAGUAGAAUUGAUGAUGCAGCGCAUAGUGUUCUCGUGUGCUGCCUAUUCGGCUCAUGAUGCGGUAGGUUGUGUUGCAGUUUGUUCCCCUGCAAUAUUAGUGCUAGAGCCUAGAGAACUGCUUAAGGAGAAUAGAGAGCUGCUUGCCAGCAGGUGAGAUCUCAAGCUAGAUGCAUGGAACUCACCGAGUCAGCUUAUUAGUGUAGCUUCGUAGUGCAUGUACAUAGGCCUCCUGUGCUCGUGCUGAUAUUCUGGUGAUGACAACAGGAGACCUGCAAACUGCAGCAGUGCUGAGAAUGUAUUCCUUUUACAAAUAUCAAUAAAUCUCUUA